AUGGUGCCUCCAUUACUACAACACCUCCCAUCCGGGGUGCUUCCAGAGCACUGCGAGCCCUCGUCACCCCUCCUGACCGCUAUCUCCUCACACCUCCACAUUUGCCUCCCCACACCACUAGCGCUGAUCUCCUCCGUUCUCGGGAUCCUGAGUAUUGUCUCAUGGCUGUUCGCCCAGCUGCCCCAAAUCUACAAGAACUACCAGCUCCAAUCAACGUCCGGCCUAUCUAUCUUUUUCCUCAUCAUCUGGUGCGCCGGAGACGCAAGCAACCUCGUCGGAGCCCUCUUCACCCGCCAAGCAGGGUGGCAAGUCAUAGUAGCCAGCUACUACGUCUUCGUCGACCUAGCGCUCGUCAUACAAUUUUUCUGGUACACCCACUAUAAGUCCCGUCACUACGGCGGUUACCCCGAGGUCCACCAUCACGAGCACUACCAUGACUCCGACCCGCGGUCUGCGAAGCCUUUGCCCGGCCCAAACACUCCGCAAGGCCCUGUCAAUAUAACCCACAAACACCCAGAAGUGCACGACAUGGGCGUGCAAACAGGCUCAACCCUCACUUCCACGCCCGGCCGCUCCACUUACUACACAAAUGAGAAGAGACACUCGCGCCCAACACGCCUCGGCACAAGCGCAACAAGCCCUCCCUUUGCCCUCCCUCGCACAAUGCUCCUCGCCUCACUUCUCUGCGCCGUCGUCGCAAAUGCCAGCCCAGCAGGCAGCCCGGAUCCGCACCCUCCUAUCUAUGACGCUCCCCGCGAAACAAUAAUCGAAGUCAUCGGCCGCAUAAUCUCCUGGCUCUCCACCCUGCUGUACCUCGGUUCGCGGCCACCCCAGCUGUAUAAGAACUACCUGCGUAAAAGCACAGAGGGCCUAUCCCCGCUGCUCUUCAUGGCUGCCUUCAGCGGCAACUUCUUCUACUCGGCCUCGCUCGCGACGAAUCCCAACGCGUGGUCCGACUUCCCACCCUAUGGCGGUGGCGGCUGGGCCGAUUUCCACGGGAAUGACCGGUGGGAGUGGAUCGGGCGGUCGCUGCCGUUCUUCCUCGGGGCGUUCGGGGUGCUGGGACUGGACGGCUUUAUGGGCGUGCAGUUCCUGAUGUACGGGGCUGAUGAGGAGGUGGAUGACCAGAGUUUCGUUAGCUCGGAUGAGAUGGGGCCUAAGCGGGGACGCAGCCGUUGGCGUCGUGUGAGAGGGUGGAUGAGAGGAUGGAUUCCGUCUGCGUCACCUGUAAGGGUCCAGAAUGAGCGUGAGGGGCAGGCUUUGCUGGGGGCGGACCAGGGGCGGUAUGGGACUGUGUGA